AUGGAGAUUCAUGGUACCGACAGAUUGGAAAACUUAGAGAUUUUGGUUAUUAGUGGCUACGAGUCAUUGCAAGGAUUACCGGAUCUGUCAAACUUAAAAAAAUUGAAGGAUCUAAAGAUUAAAGGCUGCAAGAAUCUAACAGAGAUUCAUGGUGUUGACCGAUUGGAAUUCUUAAAGAAAUUGAAUAUUUAUGGGUGCGAGUCCUUGGAAAGAUUACCGGAUCUGUCAUACCUAAGAAAGUUGAGGCAUCUAAAGAUUGGCUGCAAGAAUCUAACAGAGAUUCAUGGUGAUGAGGGAUUGGAGUUGUUAGAGAAAUUGAAGAUUAUUGGGUGCGACUCCUUGGAAUUGCCAGAUCUGUCAAACUUAAGAAAGUUGAAUGAUCUAAUGAUUGAAGGCUGCAAGAAUCUAACCAAGAUUCAUGGUGUUUUAGGAUUGGAAUUCUUAAAGUAUUUCAAGAUUAUUGGGUGGGAGUCCUUGGAAAGAUUGCUGGAUCUGUCAAACUUAAGAAAGUUGUAUUCUCUAAAGAUUGAAGGCUGCAAGAAUCUAACCAAGAUUCAUGGUGUUUUAGGAUUGGAAUUCUUAAAGUAUUUCAAGAUUAUUGGGUGCGAGUCCUUGGAAAGAUUGCUGGAUCUGUCAAACUUAAGAAAGUUGUAUUCUCUAAAGAUUGAAGGCUGCAAGAAUCUAACCAAGAUUCAUGGUGUUUUAGGAUUGGAAUUCUUAAAGUAUUUCAAGAUUAUUGGGUGCGAGUCCUUGGAAAGAUUGCUGGAUCUGUCAAACUUAAGAAAGUUGUAUUCUCUAAAGAUUGAAGGCUGCAAGAAUCUAAUCAAGAUUCAUGGCGUUGACGGAUUGGAAUUCUUAGAGAAUUUCAAAAUUAUUGGGUCCGAGACCUUGGAAAGAUUACUGGAUCUGUGA